AUGAAGUGGCUUUGGAUCCUCGGGCUGCUGGCCCUCUCAGAGUGCCUAGUCAUAAUCCCUCUAAGGAAGGUCAACACCUUGCGAGAACCCCUCAGGGAGAAAAAACUGCUGACAAAUUUCCUGGAGGAGAAUUCGGACGAAAGGUCCCAGAAUGAAACUGAUGACCCGAAAAUGUAUCUUCACCCCCUGAGGAACCACGAGGGUCUGGCCUACUUGGGAAACAUCACCAUUGGAACGCCCCCUCAGGAAUUCAGGGUUGUCUUUGACACAGGCUCAGCUGACUUGUGGGUGUUCUCCAUCUACUGCUCCAUCUCCAUGUACGGUACAAACAAGCUCUUCAACCCUGACUUGUCCAGAACCUUCCAGCGCACAUAUCGGUUCUUCGACAUCACAUACGGCUGUGGGAAGAUCGCUGGAUCUCUUGGCUAUGACACCGUCCGGAUCGGGAACCUUGCCAUCCAGGGCCAGAUAUUUGGGCUGAGCAAGUGGCAGAAUGGGUUUGAAGAUACACCUUUUGAUGGCAUCGUGGGCCUGAGUUAUCCCAGCGUCGGCCUUGAAAGGACCACCCCCAUCUUCGAUAACUUGAAGACACAAGAUGUCAUUACUCUGCCUGUCUUUGCCUUCUACUUGAGUGACCAGAAGGAGAAUGGCAGCGUGGUGAUGUUUGGCGGGGUGGACCACAGCUACCACAGAGGAGAGCUCAAGUGGAUACCAGUGUCACAAACCAAAUACUGGCAGAUAUCCAUGAAUCGCAUCUCCAUGGACGGAAGGGCUAUUGGUUGCUUCAAUGGCUGCCAGGCCAUUCUGGAUACCGGGACCGCGUUGCUGGUUGGCCCACCUAGACUGGUCACCAACAUCCAGAAGCUCAUCAAGGCCAUACCUUUUGGUCGAGAGUACGUGGUUCCAUGUAGCUCCAUCACUCAACUGCCUACCUUCACCCUCAACAUCAAUGGCACUGACUACCCGGUGCCUGCUCAAGCCUACAUUUGGAAGAGUCCUCAGGGCAUCUGUUUCAGCAACUUUCGAGAGGAACCACAGCAGUUGAAUGAACCUGAGACCUGGACCCUUGGUGCCGUCUUCCUGAGGCUGUAUUUCUCGGUUUACGAUCGGGGAAACAACAGGAUUGGCCUGGCGCCCGCAGUGUAA